AUGGCGGCGUCUGAUUUUAAAAUUAAAAUAGCCCAAGCUUGUCAAGCAGGAGAAGAAUUUCAAAAAAUAUAUUACGAUUCUUUGGAUAAAAGAAGAAAUAAAUUAUCAAAAUUAUAUUCUGCCGAUGCGUCUCUUGUUUGGAAUGGAAAUGCUUGCAGCGGUUCUCAACAGAUCACAAAGUUUUACGAACAACUACCAACGAGUGAUUUUAGAGUUGAUACAUUGGACUGUCAGCCAAUUGCUGAGGAAGCGACAAAUGGAGUGACAUCUGUGUUGGUAACCGUUUCUGGCACGGUCAAAUUUGAAGGGAAUCGGAUGCAGGGAUUCAAUCAGACUUUUGUACUCGCUCAAACGGGAGACGUCUGGAAAGUCGCCAGUGACUCUUUCAGAUUUCAUGAAUGAAGCGAUUGACAAAAAAGUUUUAUUUUGUUUCAUCAAGAUAGGAGUAAGCUAUCAUCCAUAUUUAUUUCCGAUUGGAACAAGUACAAGAUAAUCACAGCUGUUUUUCUGCUGUAUGACAUUGUAAUACAUACUGGUAUAGCGUUUAGUUUGAUGCAGCAACACGAAGCAUUGUUGCAUGAUGUGAUUAAAUGCUUACAAAAGUGAAAAAGUAAACAUUGAUAAAAAGGUGAUAUAUUUCGGUUUUUUAAUAAAAAUACAAGUCAUUGAAAAUGACACAGUCCCCGUUAA